AAAUCGUUAAUUACUUAAAUAAAAAUUAGCGAUGUUUGAAGAAUUCUGAGGAUUUUUUCAUUUUUAUGUUAAUCUACAAUUAACUAAUACGAGAAAAAUGAAAAAUCACGGCAAUAUAAAACGUUGACAUAAUUGAAGAUGAAUGCAAAAACUAAAUUCAACAGUUGUCGGUACACACGUCGGUGGUGCAGAGCGAGCGAGCAGAUUCAAUGCGUUUGGUAAACGCAUUGCAACGUUGAUUUUAAUCUGAAUAGUUUUCGCGACUCGCCGCCGCGUCUAGUGAGAGGGCGGGAACUCGCGAGGAUUAGUAUCGACAUUACAGCGCGGUCAAGCGUCCCAUAAGCGUUGACUGUCUUUAGCAAUCUUCAGUCAACGCUCGAUCUAGCUAUUGAAGCAAGCUUCUUGUCGAAGAAACCUACGUUUUGGAAAGUUGUUUACCUUUCGAUUCGCUACAGCUCUCGUCCCCUAGUGGGAUCGCGUUUGGAAAGGUUUUUCGUGAGUGUUGUGCCAGGAGAAAGACUAGUUGGUUUCGGGUGAUGUGGAAGGGAGCUCCGGAUUUUUCAUCGUCAAUUUGCUCGAAGAUGGUCUCUGGGAAGGAACUCUUGGACUGUAGCAAUAGAACAAGUGCUGAUGAAUCUUUCAAAAUCAGUAUGCUUCUAGGACAAAGGAAUGUGUUAGUUGUGAUGAAGCGAUAUGGUAAGUACCAAUGGCAGGCAAACGUCAUAGUUGGCUUACCGACAACUGCCGGGUGCGUGGCCAGUAAGUGAUUUGACUGCUGCUGACGACGCACCUCAUUGGACGUAAACCUUCUUUGUUUUGAAGUCUUCCACCGUUUCGGUCAUUUGGAACUUUUGUCGGCGGGUAGGAUUGGAGAGGAGCUUCCCGUUUGUGAAGUCCCAGAAGAGAAACCGAAUUCUUUCGUGACUUUACAUGGAAAGAGCUAAAGAAUUUGUUGACUUCAUUUCACCUGUGGAAGUAGGAUCCAUUGAUUCCUCGUAUUAGGACAAAUACUGCUGCAUCCUUCGGUAUCGAAAUGCUUGUGGUGGAAAGGAAAGUGUUAAUUGCGUUGAUACAGCACAGCAGGUACAUUAGGAAGGCAUUGGUUAUGAUUGACUUGUAUACAACUUUGGGGGAGGUUUUAUAGCCGAGUAGGAUUGGAAAGGAACCCCAAGUUUGUGGCGUGCCAGGAGGGAAAGCAUCCUUUUGUGAUAUCUGGGUAGUAGUGUUGGAUCGUUCGGCGUUGGUUUUCCUGUAGGAAUAGGAACCCUCGAUUUGUGUCAUUGGAGCAGAAACUGCUGUAUUUUGCGAUAUCCGUAUGCUUGUGGAACAAGAGGAAAUGCUGGUUGUUUUGAUUCGAGACAGUGGGUACGUUGGAAUACGUUAGAAACUCAAAGUUUAUGAUUGACUCGCACCCAUGCUGUUUGUUACUCACGUGAUUGCUUCGCGAAUUGGACGAACUUGAGCACCUUGCAUAGCAUCAAUCAAUACAUCUGUUUUACGAUAUAUUGAAAAUUUUAUAAGGCAAUCACUGUCGGUAGCGAUUACCGAUGAUUCGACGAGCUUUGUCCUUCUAACCUCACAAGCGGACGACGAGCUGGUGAGUGAACACCCGAUAUUUCGAUCAUCGAUCAAGUCGACAAACAUGUCGCACUAUUCAGAGUUUUAUUACCAAGAUUAUUUAUGUUCGUUCAUGGAACUAAGAGUGCUAUCACAAGGGCAUGUAAAAUACAACACACAUCCCAGCAAUGACGAUUCCGUCACUUCUAUUCUGUGCCGCCAUUGUGUUGACUUGCCACUAGACGGGCUCCGAUAUCAGCUGCCAGCGCGGCAAGCGGUAGCCAUGAGGCCGCUGUCCCAUGGACUCCGUAUUCGUUGCGGAGUUAUUCCGGUCAACCGAUCCGCAAUCUAGGGUUUUUCCAAGAGCCAAUCAGCAGCGCUCCGGCAUUCUCGACUCCGGGCUUUCUUAAAUGCCGUUCUCCCAUGGUCCGAAAUUUUUACGGACGUAACAAUGUUCUGCCAAUUGCAGUGUCUCCUUCUGGUGCACAAUUCGAAAUGCACGAUUUUGAUUUGAUGAUGAGGUUCCGAGAGCGUACAGUCCGCAAUCAUGUGCCAGACGAACUUGAAAACACCGGACCAUAUCCGUAAAAGCAAAAAGACAACACAAAUAUUGACAGCACAUAUCAACAGAAGAAUAAUAACAAACGAGAAGAGCGAGCAUUAAAGUGACGUGAACACGAACAGCAUUACCUCAACCGUUAACUGAAUCAUCAGUCAACGCCUCAACUCUAUUACAGAGUAUUAUCAAUUCAUUACCUGCGUGAUAAUAAUGGAUGCAGAAACUUUAUUGAUAUCCAUCUCUGUUUUGUGGAUAAAGUGGCGUAAAAUUCGGCAGCCUUCGCAGCAGCGAAUUAUGCGCAGAAAGUUGUUGAAGUUAUUGACGAUGCACGAAUUUAUGGAGGCUGAAGAACACCAACGACCUCGCAGAUUUUGGGUGCGACCGAUAUUUGAAUUGGAAAGUCGACUUCGCCAGGGUGCAAGCAAUAACUUAGUUCGAGAGAUGCUGUUACAUGAUCAUGAGAAGUAUAUUACCUAUUUUCGAAUGACGCCUGAAUGUUUUGAAAAGUUGCUGGCUCUCACAAGACCCAACUUGACAAAAAAGACGGUAGUGCGUACUCCAAUCUCAGCUCGUACUCGACUCGAAAUCGUACUGCGUUAUCUGGCAUCCGGGGACAGUAUGGUAUCAAUUUCAUUUGCCUUUAGAAUCGGAAACAAUACUGCAUCUAAAAUUAUUGCUGAAGGUUGUGAAGAAAUUUGGCGAUGUUUAAAAGACACAGUAUUCUUGGUUGACAACGCAGAGAAUUGGACAUCUGUAGCAGAAGAUUUUGAAGCAAAAUGGAAUGUUCCGAAUUGUAUUGGGGCUAUUGAUGGGAAACACGUCACGCUGCAAGCUCCAGCAAAUAGUGGUUCCACAUUUUAUAACUAUAAGGGCAGUCACAGCAUAGUACUGCUGGCGUGUAGUGAUGCGCACUAUCGCUUCACAUUAGUGGAUAUUGGAGCAGAAGGUCGUCAGAGCGAUGGCGGGGUCUUCAGAAAUAGUGAGAUGGGUGGUACGUUUGAGGGAGAUCGGUUUCAACUACCUUCAUCUCGAGCUGUUAGCAGUGAUGGACCAAUCUUGCCAUAUGUUCUUGUGGCUGAUGAAGCUUUUCCGCUCACAGAAUACAUGAUGAGACCUUAUCCUCGAAGCCGUGCAUUAGAUCGGAGAAAAAAAGUCUUUAAUUACCGGCUCAGUAGGGCUCGCAGAGUGGUUGAAAGCGCAUUUGGUAUUCUUGCAGCAAAAUGGAGGAUCUUUCGUAAGCCAAUUGAGGCAUCUGUACCCACUGCUAAGAAAAUUGUGCAAGCAGCGUGUUGCCUCCAUAAUUAUAUAUUAUCGUACGAGGCAGAAACGCCUUUGCGGCCAAGAUUUUAUUCAACUUUAAGCACUGAUGAACGGUGUGCAACCUCCUUUGGGCUUUCUGACAUCCAAUAUCUUGGACCACACACACGCAGUCGACAUGCAACACAGAUAAGGGAAGACUAUGCUACCUUUUUCGAAGGCGCAGGUGCAGUUCCCUGACAAUGGGAGAGAGCAAUGCAGAACGAUUUUUAAAACAUUGUUAAAUGAUUCGGCUUGUGCAAAAACUUGGUUCGUCUACCGCUUGCUUACCCAAUAGCUCUAAAUCUAUAAAUAUGUAUCAAUAAAUUGUUUU